GUUAAAGGGGUCAGCAAUGCACUGUAUGACGGGAUCUCUCUGUCGGGAAAUGUGGAGGAAUUCAGGGACACUUUUAACAUCUUGCUGGUGGGGUUGGAGGGCAGCAGUAAAAGCAGCAUCCUGGAAAUCUCCAGCUCGGUCACUGCCACUGCCCUGGAGAAGUUCUGAGAUGUUGUUGGCGCCGUUCACUCGGUGGAUGUGGAUCUUGCUGGGGAAGAGCAGUGUCCUGUUGCUUCUGGAGGUCUCUCUGCAAGGGAGAGCUUUACCUCCCAUACGGUAUUCACACGCGGGGAUAUGCCCAAAUGACAUGAACCCCAACCUGUGGGUAGAUGCGCAGAGCACUUGCAAGAGGGAGUGCGAAGCUGACCUGGAAUGCGAGACCUUUGAGAAGUGCUGUCCCAAUGUCUGCGGGACAAAGAGCUGUGUGGCAGCUCGGUACAUGGACGUCAAGGGGAAGAAAGGCCCAGUGGGAAUGCCCAAAGAGGCAACCUGUGACCGUUUCAUGUGCAUCCAGCAAGGCUCAGAGUGUGACAUCUGGGACGGGCAGCCCGUGUGCAAGUGCAAGGACAGGUGUGAGAAGGAACCGAGCUUCACCUGUGCCUCCGACGGGCUCACCUACUACAACAAGUGCUACAUGGAUGCAGAAGCUUGCAUCAAGGGCAUCACGUUGAACGUAGUCACCUGUCGAUACCACCUUACCUGGCCAAACACCAGCCCUAUUCCCCCAGAAACAACGGCUCGCCCUACUACCGCCUAUUCCGAGACAACGAUUGUCGAUAUCCUGCCGCCGGCUCUCGUGAACAACCCCGUCCAUCAGUCAGUCUACGUGGGAGAGACCGUCAGUUUCCUCUGCGACGUUACAGGGAGGCCCAAGCCAGAAAUCACAUGGGAGAAGCAGGUUGAUGGGAAAGAAAAAGUCAUUAUGAAGCCAAAUCACGUCAGAGGGAACGUUGUGGUCACCAACAUUGCCCAGCUGGUCAUCUACAACACCCAGCUUCAAGAUGCAGGCAUCUACACCUGCACGGCCAAAAACAGCGGUGGCCUUCUCAGGGCUGAUUUCCCUUUGUCAGUCAUCAAAGGAGAACCCACAUCCAAAGAAGCUUCCCAGAACAAAACACACUUUCCAACUGAUGAGUGCCUGAAGCAACCAGACAGCGAAGACUGUGGAGAAGAGCAGACCAGGUGGUACUAUGAUGCAAAGAAAAACAACUGCUUUACUUUCAUUUAUGGGAACUGUAACAGCAACCUCAACCACUUUGAGACCUAUGAGAACUGUAUGUUAACAUGCAUGAAUGGCCCAAUCAACAUUUGCAAUCUGCCAGCCCUCCAAGGCCACUGCAAAGCCUACGAGCCCAGGUGGGCCUAUAACAGCCUGACAAAGCAGUGCCAGUCCUUCAUUUACGGCGGGUGCGGAGGUAACGAGAACAACUUUGAGAGCCGGGAGGCCUGUGAAGAGAUGUGCCCUUUCCCGAAGAACACACACUGCAAAGCUUGCAAGCCACGCCAGAAACUGGUGACCAGCUUCUGCAAAAGCGACUUUGUUAUCCUGGGCCGCAUAACAGAACUGACCGAAGAUCAAGACUCAGGACAUGCCCUGGUGACAGUGGAGGAGAUUCUCAAAGAUGAAAAAAUGGGAUUAAAAUUCCUGGGGAAGGAACCACUAGAAAUCACGCUUUUGAACAUGGACUGGAGCUGCCCAUGUCCCAACAUGACCACAGUGGAUGGCCAGCUCAUCAUCAUGGGAGAUGUCCACAAUGGCAUGGCUGUCCUACAGCCAGACAGCUUUGUGGGGACCUCCAGCAUCCGGCGCGUACGGAAACUCCGCGAAGUCAUCCACAAGAAAACCUGUGAGCUUUUGAAAGAGUUCUUAGGAUUACAUUAACCUCCUGCACACGUGUCAGCCUCCCAGACCUGUGUGUUAUGUAGGGCUAACAAGAGCUAGGCUAGUGCACAAACUAAACGAGCUGUUUGAAGAUACAGUGUAGAAAUUAUGCAGAACCCUUAUUUUAAUCCAUUAAUGAUGCUUAGCAACAAUGUAGUAUGGUCUUUGGCAAGCACGUAAGACAGCAGCAAAAGGCUAUUAAUCUUGCAUUGAAAUCAAUUUGUCCAUAUAGGAAUGCCAUUUAACUAGAUGAGUCACUGCAGUAAUUAUACAAUUUUUAUAUAGCUUCCAUCAUAAAUGACGGAAUUCAUAGCAUUUGUGUAGCUAAUUGGUACACAGCUAAGUAAUAUAUAAUGUCAACUUAAUCUGUCUCAUUUACAGUAUGGAAAUGUUAUGGUAAGUCAUUAUAAGUAAGUCACACUCUUGUCUCCUCAUAGCAGCACUAAUAUAUUUCACAAGAAAAGCCUGUAAAUUAUUGUCUGUAUUUACAAUUGCACACACUUAACCAAUCUAUGUGUUAUGAAUUUGCUUAUUUUAAUUCCUAGCAGUUUCCUUUGGAUUGUACCUCGUUUUUUGAAUGGCAACUACUACCUGCUGGCAAUCUUUACCUGAGAAAAUUCCCACUGAAGAACUCCCUUGAUCCUAAACUCAGGACAACAGGUCCAUGUAAAACCCCAAGACACACUCUGACCCUUGAAAUUACUUUUGUUUUUGUCAUAAAAACAAUGUCAGCAAACAUCCUUAUUCUGUUGCACUUUCCUAUUUUUGUUUUAAUCAAUAUAUUGUCUGUCUGUCACACAAAGUGCAAGGCAGGAGGAUGGCUGUGUGCUGCCAGCUGUUUUGCUUUUGAAAAUCCUUUACAUCUGAGCACAUGCAGUGAUUUAUUGCUUAAUUUCAUCAGAAAGCCUGUUUUUAUAGGCCAGAAAGUAAAAUAAAAGCAGUAAAAAUGAAAUCCAAAAUAGAAAAGUGCAAUUCACAGUCUGCAGACUUUACACACAUACACAGACACAAAGCCGGUGAAGAACAAAUGCACGGCCACAAACAGACACAGUGGACAGUUUAAAAAUAUUUAUCAAUUAGAGCCUUUUAGGGCAUGCUUUCAAACGAUGGAAAACAUUUUGUGCUAGGCCACUGUAUAUAUGUGCAUGAAUAAAAAUCCCAAGAAAGACAGUGUGGGCUGUGGGUGUGAGCUUGCAUAUACACAUUUUAACAUUUGUGUGUCCAAAAAUGUAACAUUUGCCUAUGUAAAAAAUCCUUAAAUAAAGAAAAGAUUGAUCCUGGAAAAA